GUCUGUCUCGUUUUGGGUAUCGACAACAAGCCAUGCCUCCUACACGGUCAAGUUUCUCUCGCCGCAGAAGGUCUUCUCUUGGUCUCGGCUUGACUCAAGUCAAGCCAGGCAACUAUGGCAUCACCGUGAACCCUGCGAUCUCCCCACGGGCACUGAGCUUCGCCCCGAACGUCACCCCCAGUACGUAUGUCGAGGUCGACGACGACGUUAACGGCAACGAUGGGCCCCCAUCGCCGAGCAACGCCCUCUUCCCGCCGACGGAGCCGCCCCAAGCGCCCACUCGUAGACGAUUGCCUCCCGGUAAGCGGCUCUCGCAGGGCUACAUCCCCCGACCCCCCAACGCCUUCAUGCUCUUCCGUGCGAACUUCGUUCGUCAAAAGCACGUCCCUGGGUCGAUCGAGACAAACCACGGUUCGCUGUCAAAGAUCAUCGGUAACUGCUGGCGCGCCUUGCCCUUGGAGGAGAAGAGGUACUGGGAGGUCGAAGCGAAGAAGGCCAAGGCUGCCCACCGCGAACGCUACCCCAACUAUCGCUUCCGUCCCGUCCACAACAAGAAUAAGAACAAGGACAAGAACGGUGCAGUCGCUGUCGACAAGCGCAAGGAGAAGCUUCCGACGCAGCCUGCGGACGAGGAGCGAUGCGAGGUUGUCGCGCAGCUCCUGCUUGACGGGAAGAAGGGCGAGGAGCUCGCGGCGGCGAUUAGGCAGAUUGACAUAGCGCGCCAACUGUCUCGCCCCGAGAGUGUCGACUCGCAGCAUCUCGAGCACUACAUGCAGCAGCCGCUCCCUACGCACCCCCACCCGGUGUACCUGCAGCGUCGCCCGUCCUCCGUCCCUCCGAUCUCCCUCCCCACCCUCCCGUUCCUCGUCGCCCCCCAGCCCCAGGCGGCCUACGGUGCAAGCAUGUUCAACCAAGGGUACGCCGCAGGCACUGCCAGUCUCCACGGCUCGCGCGCUGCGUCGCCUGUCGGGAACAUCUCCCGCUCGCGAAUCGUGUAUGGGAUGCGGCGGGCGUCCAGUUGCCAGCCGAUACCCUCGGAGCGUAUGUGGGAUGGCUAUGAUCCCCACCCUUACCACGCCGCAUACGGUUACACUGCCAUGCCUGAGAGCUGGCAACUCCAGCCCGACGCUUCUCCGCUGCCGGAUGUUACCGACACAAGCAUCUUCCAGCCGGGGUGGACGAACUCAUUCAAGGAUGACGCACCGCCCACAGAGCAGUCCCACUUCGAUCCGAACAUGCAGGCGUUCAUCCCACCCGACGCCCAAGUCCCGCUGCACCUCAACAUUGGCCCUCUCGACAGCUACGACUUCGCGUCGACGCCGUCCACGGCCACGGACGCGUACUCUGCCGUAACCCCUGGCGGUGGCAACGUGUUCGAGCCCAUUGAUCCGCACGCCUCGUGGCCAGUCGCCGAGAGCGGUCCCUCCAGUGCCUUCUCCGGCUCACCUGCGCGCUCCGACGCUUCGCUUCCGAGCACCAUGCGCAUGACACCCGCACCACAGUCGCUUCCAGUCGAGCAUCCACAACUUAUGUGUGCACCGCAGCCGCAGCAUGCACAGGUCCACUUCGAUACGUGGGCCGCGGGCGAGCAGGACGUCGACAAGAUGCAUGCUCACCAGCACGUCGAGAUGGUCCAUGUGGACCAGCACUCCCAUCUCGCGAUGCCGCUCGAGUUCGACAUGGAGGCGAACUACGCGGACCACUACGACGUGUACACGAACGCCGGAAUGGUGGGCAUGGGCACGGAGAUGAACAUGGCCGUGGUCGACUACGGUUACUGCGGCUCCCAGGAGUUCUGAGCUCGUCGCGCAUCCGCACGUUCGACGCUCGCUCCUCGUACUGGCGCCGCAUUCACGCGUGGGGGUCCAUACUCUCGCAUUCGCAUCUGGCUUCCCAUACAAGACUUUCUUGGUUAUCGAUCUGGAUAUCCGUAACGUUAAACCGCUCGCGCCCGCUCUCCUUAGGCAGCUAAUACCUCUGUAGCCAUUAUUAUGUUCGGGAUCGCUCUGUCUGUUUGUCGUGUCGACUGAUAUCCCUCUGUAGCUAUAUUUUUCGUGGUCCGCACCCCAACUUUCCGUCUACGUACGCGUACAUAGCUUUGUCACUUGCAUCCUUCAUAGAUACCUGACGGCACCCCAGCAUCUGCGCCCCAUACCCUACCCGGUGUCCCUGCAUUAGUAGCACUUGUCCCCCCACUGUAUCUAUCUAUCUAACUCGUUAUG